UGUGCGGAGCCUGUGCCCAUAAUGCCAGUGUUGCCCGGGUUGGUGAGGAUGCGGUCCUGCCUUGUGUGUUUGUGCCAGCCUCCAUCGACGGGCUGAUCAUUGAGUGGACCCUGCAGCAGGAGGACAUCCGGUUAGCCUACAGUUACCACCACGGCGCUGCCCGUGUGCUCAACCAGCACCCGCAGUUCCGGGACCGCGCCGAGGUGAACGAGUCCCGCCUGGCACACGGGGAGGCAUCUCUGCGGCUGAGGAACAUCUCCAUUCAGGACGAGGGCACCUACGGGUGCUACGUCCGCUCGGUGCGUGGAAAGCACGAGCAGACGCACCAGUUACUGGUGGCAGCCCCCUACAGUGACCCGGAGGUGAGAUGCCUCUCCACGCGGAGCUGGGUGACCCUGAGCUGUGUGGCCUGGGGAGGAUACCCCAGCUCGGAGCUGCACUGGCGCUGGGCUAACGGGAGCCGAAUCCCAGCAGGGGCUGCAGGAACCCGGAUACCUGCUGCUGGGGGCAGCUACCUGCUCCGGGCCGCCCCCCUGCAGCUCCCAGCUGGCACAGAGGGCAGAGUGCGCUGCCUGGUCACUAACCCCCUCCUCAACCAGACCGCACAGAGCCAGGCCAUCUGUCAGGCUGGAGGGGGGCACCCAAGCACAGAGCACACCCAGGGGUGCACCAGACACUGCAGCCCCAGUGCAGUGCACCAGGAGGAAUCCCGGAGUAGGCCCGGUGUCAUUGGGAGCGCUGUCAGUCUCUUGUUGGUGGUGGUCAUGUUCGUGUGUGUUCAGUAUUGCCGGCUACAGCGGCGUCCUGCCUGA